UUGCGGUAACCGCCCACACCAAUCCCAUCUCUGAUUUUUUUUUUUCCGUCUCUUUGAUACUUCCUCUCUGUCGUUGCCGAUCGCCGAUCGCUGCCACGCCUCGACUGCACUUUUCUUUCUCUUCUUCUUUAUCUCACUCUCUGCUGCAACCUCACGCCGCCACGCCAACCCGGUGCUCUCUCCUUGUUGCGGCGCCCCCUUCUCCACCAAUUUCAAUCUAUCCUACUUGCCGUCCGCUCCAUCUCUCAGUUAUCCGUAUCAGCACGCACGGCUGACGGCGCGGCCUUGUUUUCGCCCAACGCUUUCAGCUCUUUUUCUCGCGGUUUUGGAAUACGGAUUUAGCUAGAUAAGUGAAUCUGGCGAUGUUCAUAAUUUUGAUUUGGAUGGAGGGUACCAUUGCUGAAGAACUUUAUUCCGAGAGUUUACAGUCAACAAAAUCAAAAUUGGCUGAUAUGUCAUUAUCUGAUUACAGACAAAAUCGGCCAUCAGGUUCUGCUGUGAAUGACUCGUGUGAAGAUGAUGGAUCUUUAUGGGGUGGUUCGGAUGAAGGCUUGGAGGAAACAUCUGAUCUGGAUAGGGAGUGGCAUAGAAGACACGACCAAUUUCAUACGAUUGGAUACCGUGAUGGUUUAAUUGCUGGGAAAGAAGCUGCAUCUCAAGAGGGAUUUAAUGUUGGCUUCAAGCAGUCAGUCUCUAUCGGAUAUAAGUUGGGUCUUGUCAGAGGUGUUAGCAGUGUGCUUGCUUCCCUUCCUGAUGACUUGAAAGAGAAGCUAGUAGGGAUUGAAGAAAACAGAAGUAAAUUCCAAAGCUUGUAUGAAUCUGUGAACUCUCUUUCGACAGCAGAUGCACUUAGGCUAUUCCACAACGAUAUUAUGGCACAACACACGAAAGAAGAAUGCGUCGAUGCAAAUACGAGUUCGCAAACAAUAGAUUUGUUGAAGCAAAAUUCAGAUAACAGUCGUCUAGGAAAGUUCUAUGGAGAGCUUCAAGCACUGUUGCCCACAUCACCUGCUCUGAAUCUUCAUUUACAUGAAGAACAGUAGAUUCAAUGCAACUUUUGUAGGUUCAGCAUUUGUUAUGUUGAAAUUUUGGGUAUUGAUCUCUUCUGUCAGUUAUGUAUAAUAUUUACAUUUGGGAAUUUCCAUAUUCUCCUUUAAUCCCGAACCAACCAACUCAAAGGAAAGUUUUGAAAUCGAUAUGCUCUAAAAUUUUAUAUUA